AAACAGGGAGGUAGCUAAGCCGACCGAUAUGAAGGAGUUCUGGACUGCUCUGGCUUCUCUCAUGGGAGUCUUCGCCUUCUUCCAGAGCAUCGUCCACGCCGUGUUGCCGCUGGAGUUGCGUUUGGCGGCCGUAAAGAUCUUCCACUGGGUGUUCCGCUGCUUUUCCACGUACUGCUACUUCGACAUCACGGAUACGGACGGCGUCAACACCAACGAGCUCUACGACGCCGUGCAGCUCUACCUCAGCCGCUCCGCCUCCUUCUCCGCCUCCCGGCUCAGUCUCUCCCGCGGACUCAACUCUUCCACCUUCACCUUCGGGCUCAGCAACAACGACCGGCUCGUGGACACCUUCCGCGGCGCCACCGCCACGUGGGUGCAUGCCGUCACGCAGCGCCAGUCGCAGACCUUCUCUUUGCACCCGCUGCCGGAGGACAAGCGCAGCUUCUCGCUAAGGAUCAAGAAGAAGGACAGACCCCUCAUCCUCCCGGCCUACCUCGACCACAUCAUGGAGACGGCCACCGAGCUCCGCCGCCGGAGCAAGGACCGGUUGCUGCACACCAAUUCGCGCGGUGGGUCGAUGGACCGCUGGUUCCCGUGGGAAUCGGUACCCUUCAAGCACCCCAGCACAUUCGAAACCCUCGCCAUGGACCCGUCGCGGAAGGAGCUCAUCAUGGCCGACCUCAAGUACUUCGCGGAAGGGAAGGCCUUCUACGAGAAGACUGGGCGCGCGUGGAAGCGCGGCUACUUGCUCUACGGCCCGCCGGGCACCGGCAAGUCGAGCAUGAUCGCCGCCAUGGCGAAUUAUCUCGGCUAUGACAUCUACGACCUGGAGCUCACCGAGGUGCGGACCAACUCCGAGCUCCGAAAGCUCCUGAUGAAAACUACCUCCAAAUCGAUCAUCGUCAUCGAAGACAUUGACUGCUCUCUCAACCUCACGAACCGUAGUUCAAAGAAGGCAUCUCCGUCAACCGACUCCUCGUCGGACCUGAGCUCAGUGGUCGGAUCAGAGGACGUCGGCGCCGGCGCCAAGACAAUAACUCUGUCCGGGCUGCUAAAUUUUACCGAUGGGCUCUGGUCGUGCUGUGGCAGCGAGCGGAUAUUUGUGUUCACGACCAACCACAUCGAGAAGCUCGACCCGGCGCUGGUGCGGUCGGGGAGGAUGGACAUGCACAUUCACAUGAGCCACUGCUCGUUUCCGGCAUUGCAGAUCCUCAUGAAGAACUACCUGGGCUUCGACGACGGGGAGUUAGACGGCAAGACGGAGAACAGUGAUUUGCUGAGGCAAUUGGAGGAGGUGAUCGACGAGGCCGAGUUGACUCCCGCCGACGUUAGCGAGGUACUGAUCAAGAACCGUCGGCGGGAGAAGGCGGCGGCGGCGGCAGAGCUGCACGACGUUCUGAAAGAACGCGCGGAGAGGAGGAUGAAUAAGAAGCGAAACGCCGCCGGUGAGGAAACGGAGGAGGAAGAAGAAGAACAGGAGAAGAGGGCGUUGGAGAGCACCUCGAACAAGAGUGAUCAAGUUCUGGAUAGCUGCAACGGGAAAGCAGAGCAGGGGAAGGUUGAGCAGGUUUAAUUAGUUCGCCAUUAAAUUUAAAGCAGGAAUUAGCCUUCAGAGUAUAUUGGAGAAUUUGGUACCCUAAUCUGCUACUUAUUUUUUAAAUUUUAUUUAAAACUAGGAGAAAAUGGCAUUUAAAGCAAUAAAUAUGAAAA